AUGCACCUAGCUGCCUUCAACGUCACAGACGAGAUGAUUCCACUCUGGCGUGGUACCUUUAUGCUAGACGACACCCUGGAUCCCCCCGACUCAAAGGACGACUGGCACUGGGCAGUUCUUGUUGGCGACACAUGGGAGCGACAUGGUGAAUACGUUGCAUUUGCUCUGAUGUAUCUUCCUGGCUCGUUUGACAGGCCGCCUCGUAACCCCGCUGAAAAGAUCAACAGCGGUUACAAGGCUUGGGAAUUCUUGCUGUACUUCUAUGGCAUGUGUCCUGCCCUUCUUCUUGGUGUCUUACCCGAGCCGUAUUAUGGCCAUUUCUGUCGUCUUGUCAAGGCACUGCGUAUUAUGAUGCAGCAUGACAUCUCUGCAGCACAGCUGCUUAAAGCUCACAUUGAAUUGCUCACUUUUGUAGACAAUUUUGAGCGGAUUUACUAUCAGCAAUGUCCUGAUCGGCUGCACUUUGUUUGUCCAUGGCUCCACGCCCUCACGCACCUUGUUCCCGAGGCUUGCAACAAGGGACCACCAAUUUGCUCCUCGCAGUGGACUAUGGAACGAGCCAUUGGGAGCUUGGGGCGCAAACUUCGUCAGCAUUUGAACCCAUAUGCAAAUCUGGAGCAACGAGCGAUUAAUCGAGUUCAAACAAACGCCCUUGCGAUCAUUUACCCUGAGUUGGACACUUCUGAUACCCUUCCUCUCCCCCAUGGCACUAUAGAUCUUGGACAAGGCUAUGUCCUUCUGGGAGCAAAAGACCAUUGCGCUGUUGACUUGCCUCAGGAGGAGCACUAUGUAAUAUCACAUGCUCUCAGGGAACACAGCAUUGAGACGUUGCCUAACUUUCGGCUUCAGCAUUGGGCUCGCAUGAGGCUCCCCAACAACCAGGUUGCACGCUCGCUGUGGAAGGAGGAUCUAAUGAAACAUUGUCCCAGGAUUGCUCGGAAUAUCAAGUUCGAGAGCAAUGGCAAGACUCGGUUUGCCAAAGUUCAAUACUACUUUUAUGUUGAAGGCAUACCAUUUGCGUUGGUCUCACUGUAUGGCAAGCCAGACCAGGACCUUCUCAAGCUGUCACGUGGCACUGUCAUUGCCUGCCAGCAUCCACAUGAAGUCAAACAGCUUGCUGUCAUUGACGUUUUUUUGAUCAAGUCCGUUGUUGCCAUGAUUCUGCACGAAUUCCCUAUUGUCAAUCGCAUGCUUUGCUACUUAGUCGAAAAACCCGGACUCGAGAUUGCGACCUUUGCUGGACACGAGGAGAUUGUAGAAGACAAGUAA